CGCCUCUUUUCUGAGAGGAGACAGAGUGCAUUUCCUUUUAUGUCUGUUCCGCACACACAAAAACACACACACACCUCUCCAGCGUUUUUCCUGCUUCCCACCCGUCUGCGUCUGCUGUGGUAUCCGCAGCCGCUUUAGUCAAACACAAUGGAGAAAACAAGCGAGUUAAAAAUGUGCCUGGAGUCCUCGCUGAACCGGAUUUUUCAAGCGACGGUGAACGACAUUCUGGACUCGGUGGAGAGAACCCUCUCUGAGUACCAGGGAGCCAUGCAGACGAUGCAGACCGAGAAUGAAGGCCUGAAGCGACUGCUGUUUGCACAAAGGAGCGCAGAGUCUGACCACAGAGAUGGAUGUGAGGAAGAUUCUGCCUCCGAUUGGAACAGUCGUCCUUCUACCUCCACCUACACCAAGUUUAAGGUGUCCAUAUGCAGCAGUGACAAGAAAGGCUUAAGGAAGAGACAUAAGAGCAACCUGAAGGAGAGAGCGUUCUCUGCUCCAUUUUUUCUGCAGACAGACCAAAUUGAAGAGCAGUCAUCUGUUGACGAGUCCGAAGGGAUCUCGGUUCCUCUGAAAACAGAGCCUGGUUUGGAAGGAAGUAGUGCCGUCGAUCUUUCCCAGACUUCUCUGAAUCAGACGGCAAAGCUGUUAAAGAAUGAGGCCUCAGAGAUUCCCGGUGAUUCACUCACAGAUGAGGAACAGCCGCCUCCUUCAAGCCCUGACCAUAAAGGCAGCGAGGGCAGCGUUAACGUCACCGUUGUUUCCGGAAGCUACACACAGGAGGGACAUUUCAUCAAGGUUGAGAAAGAGGAGGACGCUGACGGUGAAAGUUUGACUCACCCAGAGUUGAAGUAUGAACUGAAAUAUGAGGAGUCAGAGUCGGACCAGAGAUGGAUGGAGGGAGCGGGCAUGCAGGAUACGGAGCAAGAAGAAAUAAGUUUGGAGCAAAGCGAUUCGCCCGCUGUUGCUGAAGACGAGACCCAAGAACAAAGUGUCAACCUUUUACGCUGCCCAACCUGUCCGAAGACAUUCAGCAACGCAGCUUUGCUCAAUGUUCACAUCAAAGCCCACAACAGUAGUAAAGAUCACAGCUGCGACCUUUGUGGGAAACACUACAAGCGUGCCGACCUCCUCUUAUCCCACCGGCGCAUUCACACAGGAGAAAGACCGUUUGGUUGCAACGUCUGCAGCAAGACCUACGCCCACCUCAGCCAGCUCAGGGUGCACAGGCGGGUCCACACCGGCGAGAAGCCCUACUCCUGCUCAUACUGCGGGAAGCGCUUCAACGAGAGCAACCAGCUUAAGGUCCACCUGAGGACUCACACCGGGGAGAAGCCAUACGGUUGCCAGCAGUGUGGCAAAACAUUCCGAAACGUCGGAAACUUGCGGAUGCACGAGAGGAUCCACACGGGCGAGCGGCCCUACGGCUGCGCUCAGUGCUGCAAGAGGUUCUACAGCCUCGGCGACCUCAAAACGCAUUACAGGAGCCACACAGGGGAGAGGCCGUACAGCUGUGAGCUGUGCAGAAAGACCUUCAGUCAGACCGGACACCUGAAGAUGCACAUGCGGAUGCACACAGGAGAACGGCCGUACGGCUGCGACGAGUGCGGCAAGAAAUUCACGGUGGCCAGCAGCCUGAAGCUGCACCUGAAGACUCACACGGGGGAGAAGGAGUACAGCUGCGCGUCCUGCGGGAAAAGCUUCAGGAGGUCCUGUCAUCUGAAGAGACACGAGGUGGUGCACACCAAGGAGAAGCUUUUCUGCUGCGGUCAGUGCGGGAAGGCCUACACCGAUAGUUCCAGCUUGAGAAAGCACCUCAAGAUUCACGCGUCGCAGGAGUGCACCCUGCCGAGCGCAGGAAGUACGAGUGAGGCUGGAGUCUCUGCAUCUGCGACCCUUCAAGACAUGACAGAAACUUAAACUAGUUGGCCUAAAAGUACAGCAGCAUAUCAGGAACACUGUAGAGAGAGAAAAAAAAAAGGAAUACAUUUCCCACAAAAAAAUGUUGAGGUUAGUCUCAGAGAAAUUCUAGAAGUCCAAAAUUUGCCAAAACAAAAAAAUCAACAAAAAAAAACUUGAACAUUUGUGUUUCAAAAGUAAAAAAAAAAAAAAAAAAAAAAACUUUUGGAAAUUUCCUUUUUUUGUGUGUGUGUUUUUUUUUGUCUAGAAAAUUUCUGAAAUUAACCUAAAAUUUCUGAGUUUUUUGGCAGAAAUUUCCUCCUUCUUUUGUUUUACAAUGGCCCUAAUACACAGUUGUAUAAAAGUAAAGGAUAAAGGAUUCACUGCUGUAGCGUUAGCUAUAAAUCAGUUUGAGUGUUUAGCAUAUAUUACUACAUUAUUUACAAAAGCUGCUCCCUUUUGUAAAUAAGGGAAACAUAUUAAAAAUAAUGAUUUUGUUAUUAAAUCUUCAAAGCACUAAAUCAAAGAAAUGAAUAAAUGCUUUUUUACAUAUUUACUCCACUGAUGUAAGUGACUUGAUUAUAGGCUGUGUAGUCUCAUACAAUAAGAUUGUAAGAGUAGACUUGUUUAAUGAUGUUAUUGUCAGCUUUUCUGAAGGUGUUUAAUAUUCAUCUUCGUAUCUGUGCUGAGUUCUGUUGAUUGAGCUGCUGGAAGAUGUUUUUAUUGUCUUUGCUGUGAUACCAGAAACAGUGAACCGCUCUGUGAAUGAGAGGGCUGUUUGUUGUAGUAAAUGUACAAUUACAUAGUGUAGCAAUGUUCAUGAUGUAUUAAAUCUGCAAGCUGUCAUUGUGAUUUUUCUCUCAUUUAAAUAUAUUAGUCAAAAGACGUUUUGGGGGUUUUUUUUCAUCUCAUUUCCUUUUUUCAUUCAUAUCUUUAGUCAGACUUUCCAAAUUACAGAUUAUUGUGUGGAAAUUUUGUACACACCAGAAUAUUUAUUAGAUGUUUUUGAGAAUGAGAAGCAAGCCAGGACCAAAUUUAUUAUCAAAAACCUAAUUCUAAUGCACAAAACUUGAAAUGCUAAUAAAAAAAAAGAUAUGUUUUGUUGUGUAAUAGCUAUGCAUGUGACUUGUGUAACAUCGAAUUAUUAUGCUGCUGAAGUAUUGCUAAGAUAUGAAGAUUUAAAGAAUAUUUCAGGCGCAGAAUCAGGAUGUUAUCAAAUUUGUCCCAUCAGAAUACAACGAUGGAUCUGCUGUAGAUAUUUCAGCAUUUUGUUUGUGUUCCACAUGAAAGCCAUCAACAUUAAAGUUUGUGGAUGCCAGUAAAAAAAAAAAAAAAAAAUGC